CAAUACUUGUCGGAACCUUUCGAUUCGCUGUGGCGCAUGGCAACCCAUCCGAGGAACAUCCCCCUCCGCUCGGAGCCCGACCACCUCUUCUCACAAAAUCAAAACGCAAACAAAGCAAACGCGCAACCAAAACAGCAACUACUACUACUACUACUACUUUUACUACUUUCCUUCCACAACCACCAGCCACAACAAUGGAUAUUCUUCAACUCGUCGCCAGCAACGUUCCCGCCACCCAGACCGUAAGCUAUUCCUGCACCCUGACCAACACCUGGUCGGGAGCGACCCACCCCAUCGACUACGCCUCCGUCUCCGGGACCGCCCACUGGACGGCCCCGGUCCUCCUCUCCCACAGCCGCAUGUACGAGAUCUGGUCCCCCGGGAGCCCGGCCUCCCCCGGCGCCGAGGCCCUCGCCGAGACGGGGGCGACGGCGCUGCUGGCCCAGGAAAUCGAGGCCGAGCGGCGAACGAGGCGGACGAUCGGGGAGCUGGUGGUCGGCCGGGACCAGUUCAACGCGUCGGACCCGCCACAGCGGUUCGAGCCGAUCACCAUGGGCCCGAGCUACCCCGUCCUGUCGACGAUGAGCAUGGCCGGGCCGAGCCCGGACUGGUUCACCGGGAUCUACAACUUUCGGCCCGUCGACUCCCAAAACUUCUGGUACGAGUCCUUCGAGGUCGCGACCUACCCCUACGACGCCGGCACCGAGCAGGGAACGACCUACUCCAUAARCAACGACCCCGAGGUCCCCCACCGGACCAUCUUCCGGCUGACCCCGGAGACGGUUCCCGACAGCGGGAUUCUCCUGGACCCCACCGGAACCGAGGUGCUUCCCAUGGCGGUGUGGAGCUGUUCCCUCGACGGGGAUUCUUCCGGCUCCCGGAGCCUGCUCAAGGCAGAAUCUCCCUCCCAGGCCCCCAGUAUUGGCGACCGCAACCUUUUGAAGGCAGAAUCCCCCUCCCAAGCUCCCAGUAUUGGAGACCGCAAUCUAUUGAAGGCAGAAUCUCCCUCUGAAGCUCCGAGUGCUGGAGACCGAAACCUUUUGGUCCAGGAUUACUCGGAAGCCCCAUCGUUCUCAACCCGUGGCCUCGCGAAGCAAGUUCCUACCGAAGUUCCCACUAUUUCUACCCGCAACCUAUUGAAGGUAGAAACCUCUUCCGAAGCCCCGAGUGUUAGCGAUCGCAAUUUCCUGGUCCAGGAUUACACUGAAUCCCCAACAAGUAGCAACCGUGGCCUCGCAAAACAAGCUACCACUGAGUCCCCAACGAUUUCUACCCGCAACCUAUUGAAGAUAGAAGCCUCUUCCGAAGCCCCGAGUGUUAGCGACCGCAAUCUUUCGGUCCAGGAUUACACCGAUGCCCCGAGCACCGGCAUCCGUGGCCUCGCAAAACAAGCUCCUACUGAGGCACCAAGCACGGGUAUCCGUGGUCUUGCGAAGCAGGCUGGUACCGAGGACCCAACUACUACAACUCAAAAUCUCGCGAAGACGCAGGUUUCAUCCAAUGCCCCAAGCACCCGUGGUCUUCGCGGUUCUCGCAACUAGACAUGUACAGUAUAAUAAAUUAGACACUUUUCA